CCAGGGUUGACUGACGCUUACCGCGAAGUUGCCUCUGUGUUAAAGUGAGUGUAGAAGAGAAAAGCACGUCUAGUAGAACUUCUCUUAGUCCUUGAAUUAGUCAUUUUAACAUCUUAUUCGGGAUUCAGAAUUAAUGUUGACUCACAGGGCAGGGUUGAGCUGGAGCCAUGUCGAUCGAAGCUGAUAUCUUGCUCCAGGAGGCAAAGGAGAGCAUUGAGGCAGCCCAAAACUACAAGACUGAGCUACAGCAACGCCUGCAAGAUCUGAACCAAGCGCGUAAACAGGUAAAAGGCAGCGCUACUCAAACAAGAGAGGUUCUGAAACAACACUUCCGAGAUCUGGGUGGGGCGCUAACAAAACUGUUGGACGAACGGUUAGCUUCACUGCUGCUAGAAGUGGACACAAUUGAGCAGAACAGCAUUCGGCCGCUUGAUGACUGCCAGAAGCUGAUUGAACAAGGGGUUGGCACAGCUGAUGAGCUCCUUCGGGAAGGCGAAGCAGCUCUGCGGUGCAGCAUUGGAGGCAAGGAUGAUAAAUUAUGCAGCUUUACUAAAAAGGCACUUCAGAUCCAGUUGGAUAGUCUGCCGGAGGUCCCAAGCCUAGUGGAUGUACCAUGUUUGUCGGCUCAGCUGGACGAGUCUCUUCUUGGGGUGGUGAGGGAAAGAAUUUUCAGCCAUGGUACAGUGGCAUCCCACCCUCCUGUUCAGAUCGAUGAGCUUUUGGAAAGGCCAGGUGGCAUUCAGGUCCGCUGGUGUAAGGUUGACGAUGAGUUUGCUGCUCAGGACUACAGAUUACAGUACCGUAAAGGAACCUCUGGCCUUUUCGAAGAUGUGUAUGUUGGCCAAGAUAUGGAGUAUAUUGUACUUCACAUGGACCCCAAUAUGGAUUACCAGUUCCGGGUGUGUGCUCGUGGAGACGGUCAGCGAGAAUGGAGUCCCUGGAGUAUCCCUCAGGUGGCCUACACAACCUUGGCUCCUCAUGAGUGGAGUACAGGCACGGAGGGAUACAGUUUGAGCAGUAGAAGGAAUAUGGCUCUGAGAAAUGACACAGCCUUGUCCAAGGGAACUGUGCUUUAUUCCAAAGCCCCCACCUACUUCUGUGGCCAGACGCUCACCUUCCAGAUCAUAACUGCAGGGCAGGUUGAUAAACGAGAUAGCAUCGGUGUCUGUGUAGAGUGUGUGAAUGGUCAAGAGACUCUGCAGAGGGACAGAGCAGUCUGCAUCUCCACCAAUGGUGCUGUUUUUGUAAAUGGUAAGGAGAUGACCAAUCAGCUACCACCUUUUACAUUGGGCUCCACUGUAACCUUUGACAUGGAAAUGGUGAACUUGUAUCCUGUGAAUAAUAACCUCGAAGGCGGAAGCCAUAAGCUGCGUGUUACCAUUGGCUCUGGCAGCAGAGAGGUGGUCUUUGACUGGCUGCUGGAUGAGCCAUGUGACUCUCUCCAUUUUGCCUGCUCGUUUGCUUACCCUGGAUGGAAGGUGCUUGUGUUCUAACGAGAUGAGAGCCGUCAACAAAGCCUUGGACUGUUAACGCUGGUCACACAUGAGACCUCAAGACUCUAUUCCAGUGCUGAUUUCCACAUGAACAUUGUGCCGAAGUAAAACUGCACAUUCAUCCAGGAUCUUAAAUCUUUUUGGCAGCAUCCACUUGAUGUUGACUAGAAUCUUGCUGGGUACAGAUCAUCUACCUAGAAUGGUAAAUACUUAAGUUGGUUAGAAUAAUGCUUGGAGUGACAGCUUAUCCAUAGAUGGUUAAGAUCAAUAUACUAGUCACACAUUUGAAAAGUCAGUGGUCUCAUAGUAAAAAAUUGGAGGACCAAGGUAGGUCUUUUUAUUUUAUAAGUGAAGACAAAUCAGCACUAUUUAACUUUGAGGGGAAAGUGCUUACCAGAAAUCCCCUUAUUAGCAGAAACUCAUUUCAAGAUAAAAGAGCCAAUUCACAAAAGUGCCUUAUGUCAGUGAGGUCAGACAAAAGUGCUUAGGGUGUGCUUCAGCCUGUUAAAAUUCUCAGUUUGAUAGGCUACUGUAAGAGGGCUGGGCGAGGUGGGCCAUAGGUACGUCUGCACGACAGAGACCAUUAUGGUACUUGAUGUUUCUCUCUCCCUGCUCACUUUGUAUUUGCCAAAAGUGCAUGUGAAUUGAAUGCCACAACUACACAUCAGAUUCUGGACCAGCGGAUGUUGGAAGGGGCUGUCUAAGUUUUACAAGCGAAAUAGGCUCCUAAUUAAAAAGACAUAUGACUGAAAUGCUUUAAAAUGCAAUUACGACUCAAAAAUGGUGAAAAGAAAAUGUACUUACAGUGGUAGCGGCCUGGUGAUGUAGUAAGAAGACUAGUGUUUACAUAUGACAUGCAGCAGAGGUGGUGGUAACUUGUGUGUGUAUUCACCCUGCGCUGGACUGGCAGGCACCCUGGCCAGAGAUCAUCCCUGCAUGGCGCUUUAUCCUUGCUGGGAUAAGCUGCAGCCCCCUUCCCAUGCUCAGGAUCAAGCGGGUUUGAAUUUUUCAAUUCUUCAUUGAGAGAGAUAACAAAAAUUUUGUUGAAAGAGUAUGUCUAAAAAACACAUUCAGAAUGUGCAAGUCUCUAAGGAUGCCUCAUUUGAACAGUGAAUUUGUGAACAAUUUGUCUCAGCAGGCCACUUUUACACUUUACUGAUGAGUUUUCUAGAGUUAAGUUCCCAUCAUGUUAUGACGACUUCCAUUUAUGUAAUCUUAACGUGAGCCUUAUGGAAACAGUAGUAUUUCAGCAGUGACAUUAAAUUUAUUGGAUUAACAGAAAAUAUGCAAUAUGCAUCACAACAAAAUUAGACAGGUGCAUAAAUUUGGGCACCCCAACAGAGAUAUUACAUCAAUACUUAGUUGAGCCUCCUUUUGUAAAUAUAACAUAUGCCUCUAGGCGUCUCCAAUAGCCUUUGAUGAGUGUCUAGAUUCUGGAUGGAGGUAUUUCUGACAAUUCUUCCAUACAAAAUCUCUCCAGUUCAGUUAAAUUUGAUGGCUGCCGAGCAUGGAGAGCCUGCUUCAAAUCAUCCCAUAGAUUUUCGAUGAUAUUCAAGUCAGGGGACUAUGAUGGCCAUUCCAGAACACUGUACUUCUCCCACUGCAUGAAUGCCUUUGUAGAUUUUGAACUGUGUUUUGGGUCAUUGUCUUGUUGGAGUAUCCAACCCCUGCGUAACUUCAACUUUGUGACUGAUGCUUGAACAUUAUCCUGAAGAAUUUGUUGACGUUGGUUUGAAUUCAUCCAACCCUCGACUUUAACAAUGGCCCCAGUCCCUGAACUAUCCCCACAGGAUGAUGGGACCUCCACCACAUUUGACAGUAGUUAGCAGGUGUUCUUCUGCCAUGCAAAGUGCUUUUUGUUAUUACCAAAUAAAUAUUUUUGUCUCAUCAGGCCAAAGUACUUUGUUCCAAAAUGAAUCUGGCUUGUCUAAAUGAGCAUUUGCAUACAACAAGCGACUGUUUGUGGCUUGUGUGCAGAAAGGGCUUCUUUCUCAUCACCCUGCCAUACAGAUGUUCUUUGUGCAAAUUGCACUGAAUUGUAGAACAGAUACACCAUCUGCAGCAAGAUGUUCUUGCAGGUCUUUGGAGGUGAUCUGUGAGUUGUCUGAAACCAUUCCUACAAUCCUGCGUAUAUGCCGCUCCUGUAUUGUUCUUGGCCUGCCAGACCUGCUGGGUUUAACAGCAACUGUGCCUGUGGCCUUCCAUUUCCCGAUUAUAUUCCUUACAGUUGAAACUGAUAGCUUUUUGUAGCCUUCCCCUAAACCAUGAGACUCAACAAUCUUUGUUUUCAGAUCUUUUGAGAGUUGCUUUGAGGAUCCCAUGCUGUCACUCUUCAGAGGAGAGUCAAAGGGAAGCACAACUUGCAAUUGACCACCUUAAAUACCUUUAUAUCUCACGAUUGAACGCACCUAUGAAGUUCAAGGCUUAACGAGUUAAUCCAACCAAUUUGGUGUUGCAAGUAAUCAGCAUUGAGCAGUGACAGGCAUUCAAAUCAGCAAAAUUACAAGGGGCACAACCAGUUUUUCACAUUUGAUUUAAAUUUCAUACAAUUAAAUACUGCUUCACUAGAACUCUCUGUUCGGAAAACACUGCAGUACUCAGAUGUUCCUAGGAAAUGAAAGACAGACCACUGUUAUCUUUUUUGUUGAAAGUAAAUUAUUAUGCAGUCAGAGGGGUUCCCAAACUUUUUCAUGACUGUAUACUGUCAUGUAGCUAUGCAGGGGCUUUGGACCUUGCAAACGCAGAGAGGCUUGUCUGCCUGAUGUCUUGUGUUUUAUGUACCAUGACACAGUGGCAGAAAAUGGUUAAACCUUUCACUCAGGCAAUGGUUCCAUCAGGCAGCACAUUCUCUCAGAAAAAGGGACGUUCUAAUGAUAUUAGGGGGGAAAUGUGAAAUUGUGCUGGAAAGUCCUCAUGCAGUUGUCAAAUUUGACAUACGCUGUGAUUUCUGGUCAGCAACUGCAGUCAACUUGAACAGUAUGGCUUACCUAGUAGGUCUGUUUUGUUUUACACUUCUAAAGUAAGUAAAACACCAGCUUGACUCUAACUAAUCUUCUACAUAAGCAGGUCUGUUACACAAUUUUUGGAAAUGUCAGCAGCUUGUACGGAAAAUGUGACUUUUUAAAAACUGCGUUACGACACCGACUUGGAAAUCUGAGCCAGCAUCCCCAAAAUUCCUUUUGCAAAAUCAGUUGCACAAAAAUAACAUACCUUAAGUCUUAAACUUUAAUUUGUAGCUGUCAAAAACUGA